AUGGCAAAUGAGAAUUGGUUCAAAUGUGAGUUAUGCGAUAAGCAAUUCAGAUGUGCAAGCAUUCUGAAACACCAUAUGAGGAUACAUCCCGGUAGAAAAAACUACAUAUGUAAGGUAUGUGAUAAGCAAUUCGGAUAUGCAAGUCAUCUGGGAUGCCAUAUGAGGAUACAUACCGGUGAAAAAAACUAUGUGUGUAAGGUAUGCUACAAAACAUUCAAUCAGCAUUCGAAUAUGAAGACACACGAACUGACACAUAAAAACGUACGACCAUUCAACUGUAAACAGUGCGGUAAGAAUUUCACUCGGAACGGUAAUUUGAAAAAACACAUGAAUAUACACAAAAGUUCGAGUGAAAGGCUAUAUUCUACAUCGGGCGAUCUGAAUCGAAAUAAAUCGACGCACGAAGAAGUACGACCAUUCAAAUGUGAAAGAUGCGAUAAAGCGCUUAAAAAGCGUUACCAUCUGGAACAGCAUAUGAAGACACAUACGGACGAAAAGGCACUGAAAUUCAACGGAUGCGAUAAAGCAUUCAAGCAGCCUUUAAAUCUGCAGCGACACAAAUUGACGCACGACAACGUGCGAUUCGAAUGUAAGCAAUGUGGUAAGAAUUUCACUAAGGAAUUUGAAAGAACACAUGAAAAUGCAUAA